AAAACUCCGAGAAUAAACGCAACCAAAUGCGAAAAUAGUGUAGCCCACAGCCAGCUAGGAUCGAUAAUACACCCGCCCCGUAUCGCUUGUCUUCGUCGACCUUGAAAACGUGUCUUCGAAGGAACAAGGCACUUUUGCAGCCACACGAGACCACCGUCGCCUGGUGGGUGAACAGUCAAAACCCGGAAGGAAAACAAAAGUCUCCCGCUCGGUGCAGGGGCACAGCAAAAUGUGCAAUAUGAUCGUUCGUCGUUCGUGCGUGCAAAGCAGUGAGCAAGUGGCAACUUUUACUUACGAAAUCCGCACCACGUACGGGUUUACGUCACAUCUGACGGCGCUUAUCAGCCGCUAGAUGGUGACGGCGCAGUGUUCGGUGGCAGUGGUAGCCGUUUUUUUGUAAAGCACUCACACGUCCCGCUGUGAGCCAAUUGCAAAUUAACGCGCACUUACAUCCCUGCCCGUGAACCACACCAGUGCCCAGGCGGCGGUAGCAGCUGGCGAGCAAUCGGCAGAGAGCAGUAACGAGCAAAAAGGAGCAAAGCAACCCCACAAAAGCAAAUCCCCGCUCGGAUGUAUGGCGUGCGAAACGCAGCACACCCGGAAACAGCUCGUCGCAGCCGCGCUCGGUUGAUAUCCGCGUGUUUUUUCUGUAUAUAAUGUACAUAUCCUAAAAAACUUCCUGCACGCGUUUCCUUUUUCUCUGUCCUACCUACUACUACUUACUUUCACCAAAACGUCAACGCUUAAGUGCAAAGUGAAGCGUUUUUCUACUUCUUCAAAGAGGUUCCGUAUCCUUGUGUGCGAAUCCAGGAUCGCGGAAAAAAACCCAGGAUCCGGAUCUUGGGAACCUUUAAGCGACCGGAUAACGGCCCCUUUUUCCGUGUGGGAUAGAGUUACGAUCGUGAUCCCCGAAUGCUUUGCGGAACAGUAGCCUAAGGAUAGUAAUAGUAAUUGCUGAUCGCGAAGAGACACAACCACACGCUCCUCGGGGUUUGCGAAGUGACAAUUUAAUCACACAUCCGUUUGAAAGUUUGAAGCAGUUUUGUGCGCAAAAAAAACCCUCGCCCCGGUGAAAUAUGGCGUCUACGUUGAAAAACCACAAAACGGCUGCUGCAGCAGCCGCAGCAACAGCCGGAGCCGGAAGUGGCAGUUUCGGUUGGUUGGCACACGUGAAGUACGAACACCUGGUGGCCGGCAUUUCCGGUGGCGUAACGUCGACGCUGCUGCUACAUCCGCUCGAUCUGAUCAAGAUCCGGUUUGCGGUAAACGAUGGGCGGACGGCUUCGGUGCCACAGUACCGUGGGUUGACGAGUGCGUUUUUGACGAUUUUCCGCCAGGAGGGCUUCCGGGGCCUGUACAAGGGUGUCACCCCGAACAUGUGGGGCUCCGGCAGUGCGUGGGGAUUUUAUUUCAUGUUCUACAACACGAUUAAGACAUGGAUUCAAGAUGGAAAUACGGCCCAACCCUUGGGACCGACGUUGCACAUGCUGGCCGCAGCCGAAGCGGGUGUCCUGACGCUUGCCAUGACCAACCCGAUCUGGGUGGUGAAGACGAGGCUUUGCCUGCAGUGUAACGAUAGCGUAACGGCUGGUUCUGGGACCGGGUAUGCCGGCAUGAUGGAUGGUCUUACGAAGAUCUACCGCACCGAAGGCAUCCGGGGGCUCUAUCGAGGUUUCGUACCGGGAAUGUUUGGCGUAUCGCACGGCGCACUGCAGUUCAUGACGUACGAGGAAAUGAAGAACAAGUACAACCAGCACCGCAAACGGCCCAUCGACGCCAAACUGACGACCUCCGAGUAUCUAACAUUCGCCGCCGUGUCGAAGCUGAUCGCGGCCGCCGGCACGUACCCGUACCAAGUGAUCCGGGCGCGCCUGCAGGAUCAAAACCAUAGCUAUAAGGGCACCUGGGAUUGCGUGAAGCUGACAUGGAGAUAUGAGUCUUGGCGAGGAUUCUAUAAAGGUCUCGGUCCGAACCUGACCCGGGUCCUCCCGGCGACGAUGAUUACGUUUUUAACGUACGAAAAUGUAUCACACUAUCUGUUGGAUAGAAGCAAGGCCAGGAACAUUAAGCAUUAGCGAUACUACGCCAAUUGACAGCUCCUUAUGUUUGAGCAGUGGGUAAAAAGGCUGUUAAAGGUCACUUCUUCAAAAGAAUUUGCCAUUGCUCGUUUAUGCAGUGUAGAGACAGACACACUAUACCCAUAUACAUCACUUCAUGUUCGCAAAUGCUUACCCAAAAAAAAAGAAAACCAAGUGUAUAGAAUGUUAAUCACACGCCGCACAAGUGUGCUUCAAGUUCCUUUUAAAAUAGUAGUCGUUUUAAGCAUAAUGUGGACAAGCCAAAUCGCGCUUGCCAAUGGACCUUUCUUGAGUAACCGCGCCGAUAUCGUGGUGGUGGCAAAAGUUUUUCCGGCAAACUGAAAGAACUGAAACCACCAUAGUCCUUUCGAUGUGUGUGUACGGAGGAGUUUUCACUCUGCUUUGCCUGCGUGUUUGAAUCAUCGACUCAUGGCCGAAAGGAUAAUAUCAGUAAGCGGACACCACCGGGAAGUGUACAAAGAAGCUGGAAGAAGCUAAAGAGGACGAAAGGAAAGGAUCCGACGAUAUCCGAUUCAGGACGUUCAGUUUGCAGGUGCUAUACCAUCGUCGUAGAAAUAAUGCGCAGCUAUUCAGCAAAUACAGACAUUUCCUGAGAGAGCAAU